AUGAGCACACACUUGUAUCUGAUUUUACUUAUGACUUCAGGUGUGAUGAGUGCGGAUAAAAUUGGGCCAAAUAAAGACACAAAUGUCAUCAGUAAAGAAGGAGAGACUGUGACACUGAGCUGUUCAUAUGAUACACAGAGCAGCUAUGUUAGACUUUACUGGUACAGACAAUAUGCUAAAAGAGAACCGCAGUAUUUAAUUUGGAAAGGGGCUCGAUCAUUGAGGGGUGCUGGAAACUCUAUUGACCGUCGGUUUCAGUCGACUACAUCUGAAAGCUCCACUAAACUCACUGUUACCGUAACUGUAACUCUGUCAGUUUCAGCUCUUUACUGUGCUCUAAUAUUUAAGAAACAUGACAUGGAGAAACAAUUGAUGCUCAUUUUAAUUCUGACUCCAGGUACAAUAGCACUCUUGAUUCAUCACAGUGUGAUGACUGCAGACCAGAUUAGGCCAAAUAAAGAUUCCACAGUCAUAAAGGAAGAAGAGACUGUGACCCUUAGCUGCUCAUAUGAAAGCAGUAGUACUGUUUGGCUUUACUGGUACAGCCAGCAUCUUAAUGGAGAACCUCAAUUUUUAGUUUCUUCUGCACAACCGAGUAGUGGAAGGUUUCAAAUUCGUGAAUCAGACUCAUCUACUGAACUCACUAUUAGCAGUGUAUCUCUGUCAGAUUCAGCUCUCUAUUAUUGUGCUCUACGAGUACGUGCCCAGUGA